AUGGACGAGCCGGACUCGAUCUCCAACCGCUUCGCCAUCUUCAUGCCCGCCGUACAAUCCCUCGUCAACGCCGUGGGAGGUUACGAACUCGUGGACGCCACAGAUGGCUCAGAUGGGAGGGAGAUGGUGUACCGACCGGGUGACUCGGUGCUGGCUGUCUUGAAGGACUUGAAGCGAUUAUGGCGGAAAGACGAUUCGGAUGAUGAGCGGACGGUUGCGAGGUGUAUGGCGAAAGCGGGGCUUAUGAAGGAGUUGAUUGCGCUGUUGAUGGAGUGCGUGGAUAGAGGAGAGUGGGGACGGAAGGUCUCGCUGGUAGCUUGCGAUCUCAUUGCUGCUCUGACAUGGCCUAUCGAUGUGCAGGCGGAGUUGAAGGAGAUGGCGGAUGAGCCAGACGCGGUGACGGACUAUGCGACCCUACUGCGCGCUCAAGUGGAGUACAAGGCGCAACUGCUAUACAACGACCGGCCACUACGCUCACUUCUCGCGCUCAUCCUCCCAAGCUUAGCUGAACAGCGGAAAACGGAGAAGGACGAGCAAGUCAUCUCCCUCGGUCUGCAUAUCGUCCGGAAUCUCCUGUCCAUCCGGGAUACCGUCGCAGAAGGCACAGCCACAGGGGAGAAGGAGGAGCUCGCCCAUUUACAGUCUACUCUCAUCCUACAGCUCGACGCCCUGACCUACUUCAAGCUCUUCCUCACGGUAGCAAGCUGCGCCGACAAGUCCGACUUCAACAACUGCAAUGUGCUCGUACUUGACAUCCUUCACCUGAUCUUUCGGUCUGUCAAGCCAAAAGACCUGAUCCAGGAUCAGGACCGGGCCCCCAUGCACAAGCUGGCCAAUCUGCUGGAUCUCGAAACUCGGCAGAAAUCGAUGAAGAGUCGGCAGGGGAUGACGAGGCAUUCGCGUUUCGGUACCACUGUCGCUGUCCGAGCGGGUGAUCAGAAGCUUGUCCUUCAUCGGCAGAACGCGAUUAACUUCGAUCCUGGAAGUCUGCUAGAUCAGGGCAAGAAGAAGCGAGCGGGCAAAGUGAAAAAGGCAGAUGAUCUAUCUCGAUUCGCCGACCUAAGUCCGGAAGCCCUGCGCGUCCUGCAAGAGUUUUCCGUCUCCUUCAUCGAAUCCUGCUUCAAUGUCUUCUUCACCUCCAUACUCAAGGACAUCCGGAUGGAACGCUCCAAGAUCCGUGAUACCGAUAAUACCCGGACUUUCUACCUCUCGCGCUUCUUUAUGGAGUACCUUAUGCUCGUCCGGGACAAGCAGGCCAAGGAGCGGGAGACUGGAAAGGGGAAGGGGAGGGCAGAAGACGAAGAUGAGAUGUUGCUGGGCUAUGCGAUUGUGAUGGCGGAGAUGGACAGUGUGAAAUGGGUGUUCAGUCGAUUGAGGACGACCAUGGAGGAGACGCCUCCCGCAUGGACCGAACUCCAGGCGUGUCUGAACUGCUUCACCCAAAUACUCCUCCUCAUUGACGCCAUGUCCACCUCCUCGGACGCUUCGGACGCCGAAGCAGCCGAGAUCCUCCAAAACUCCAUCUACUACAACUACGAUAUCCUCGACUCGGCACUCACCGUCAUGGCGCAAUACAAGGACCAGUCGAUCGCGUACCUCGACUCGGUGGUUCACUUUGCCUAUGUCCUUCUGAGGAUGCUGGAAAAGUAUAGCAAGAACAAGGGGUUCAUGUAUGUCCGCAAAAAGAAGGCGAGACGGGCGGUGCGGAAACGGAAAGAAGAUGCGACAGAGGCGGGCAAGGAGGUGCCGGAGGAGUAUGUGGAUGAGGAGGAGGUGGCGGGGGUGAUGGAGGGGGACAAGGAUCUGCCGAGUUAUGCGGAACAUCAGUUCACGUUUACUGCAUUCGAACAGAAAUUCGCACAAGAGGGAGUCACAAAUACGCUCCUGUCGUAUCUGGCCCGCUUCAAGGACUUUGACGAUCCAGAUCAGAUGAAGCGGGUGGUCGGCCUCAUGCACCGCCAAGUCGUCAAAGCAAAGGGAGAGGGGCUGUACUUUAAGGUGUCAACGCUACACCUCUUCCGCCGUAUCCUGGACGUCAAGGCCUCCCUCCCGAACUCCGAAUCUUCUCGCGAUCUCACCCAAAUAAUCACCUUUGUCCUGCGCAAAUUCUUCAAGCGCAUCCAAGAAGACCCGUUCGUCAUUGUCGAAGCCAUUCAGCCCAAGUCGCGCGGGAAAUGGCAAGCCAUCAGCGGGUACGCGAGCGAUGGCGACGCUGGCGGCGGUAAGGGCGGUCGCGGGGGUGGCGGUAAAGGCAAGAAGGGCGGUAUGGCUGAUUUGGAGUUUGUCAAGAACAAGAAAUUGAGCUGGGGGGAUCAGAUGAGCGUGAUUGUGAGCAUGCUGGUGGAGAAUGGGGAUGAGCAGUUGGUGGAGUGGGUCAUUGAUGUCAUAUCCGUGGCGCUGGCGGCGAGGGAAGAGAUCGUCCUCAGUACCGAUGGCGAGCCAUUACGACCAACCGAGAUGGAGGAUGAUCCGGAUGCAGUCAGGAAGUUCGGUGGACCAAGCGAAGAGGCUUUGGAGAAGUUCACGCGGCACGACCUUGAUGCGGAUACCGAUGAGCGGAAAGCGGCGGUCUUGUCGAACGCCCAGUUCCGGUUGAUGUUGAAGCUGGUUUCGUUCGAAAUGACAGACGAAGAGAACAUCGUCGACCAGAAAUGGUUCAUCCCCGCCUCCAUCCCUCCCUCCAACCUUUCCGCUUCGAAAGGUGCACUCGAGCAAUAUCUCAACGCCCCACCCUCGCUCGAGAUCGACCCCAAGAAUGUCAUCCGCCGUGUCAGGAAGCGUCGCGCCCGCGCCGCUGACGAGGACGAAGACGACGUCGACAGCGAUGGGAACGCGCGGCCACGCAAGCCGAAGCCCGCUCGGAAGCGUAAACAGGCCGAGACGCAAAUCUAUAAAUCAGCGGCGAUGAUUGAAGAUUCGGACGAUGAUGAGGCUGCGGAUGCCGCGUUCUUCCAGAAAGAAAAGGAGCUCCGGGCGGAGAUGGAGGCGCUGGCGAGUAAGCACGGGGGUGGGGGAGGGGCGAUGUUGAAGACGGGGACGAAGAAGCGGAAGCGGAAAGAGCAGGGAAAGGGGAAGGGCAAAAAGAAGGGGAAGAAGGAGCCAGUCGAAGAGGAGGAUGAGGACGAGGUGAGAGAGGAGUCUCCACAGACGCGGAGAGCGGCGAGUGCUGUCGCGUCGGAGUCGGAUGAUGGGUCAACGGAGCCGGUGGCGCGGAAGCGGAAGUCUAGCGAGGCUGCGCCGUCGAGUUCGCCUGGACCAGCGCCGAGUUCGGACGAGGAGGCGCAGAGUCCUGCUAAAACGCAAGUCCGGACGAACGGAAAGUCGAAGCGGUUUGUAGAAUCUGAGGAUGAGUCGUCUUAG